CCCGUGACGAAAAUAUCUGCAUAGCGGGUGCUUGUCACGCCGGCUCAAGCCUACACAGCUCGCCGCCGCCGCCGCCAACCGCCCGCCCUCCCCCUCCGCCCCUCCCUUCCACGGAGGCAGGCAGCAGCGGCCGCCUCUGGAGGGCCCGGGCCGGAAUCAGCGGUUGGCGGACCUCGUCGACAACGUCCUACUACCUGCCGUUCAUCUCGAUUCGGGAUAAAUGAGUAACCUCGCCAACAUGUUUGCGGUCCUGAAUCUGGACGCCGAGGACGACCGGGAGGAAGCGGAGAAGCCAACAUCCAGCAAACCUGAAGCUGAUGCUGCUCCCAGAAAGCCUGAAAAAAGCAGCCAGAACAAAGAAAUGAUUGUAAAUUAUGAUGGGGAAAACCUUGCUCCAUCAUCAAGUGAUUACAGGAUGCCAUUGGUGUGGAUAGACUUGGAAAUGACUGGUUUGGACAUCACUAAAGAUCGCAUACUGGAGAUUGCUUGCAUUAUAACAGAUGGUAAACUUACCAAACGAAUAGAGGGUCCAGAUUUGGUUAUAAGACAGAGUAAGGAAUGCUUGGAUGGCAUGAAUGAAUGGUGUCAAGUCCAUCAUGUGGCAAGUGGACUGGCGGAACAAGUACUAAAGAGUGAGAUUUCUGAGCACGAUGCAGAGAAACAAGUGUUAGAAUUUAUUAGGAAGUAUAUAGGUUCUGCAGCUCCAUUGAUAGCUGGGAAUUCUGUCUAUAUGGAUUUACUAUUUUUGAAGAAGUAUAUGCCACAACUUGCAGGCAUAUUCUCUCAUGUGAUAGUUGAUGUGAGCAGUAUAACAGCUUUGUGCAGCCGCUGGUUCCCAAAAGAAAGGAAAGCUGCUCCAAGAAAGGAGAAAAACCAUAGAGCGUUGGAUGAUAUCAGAGAAAGCAUCAAGGAGCUACAAUACUACAAGGAGAACAUUUUCAAGUCGCGAAGAUCUUAGUAGCUUAUGGUGGUGGACCAUGAGAACGCAUCCCCAGUUAAUUAUGUCAGAAUCGGUGAUUUGCUGAGUGUUAGUGCAUCGGGAGCUGGUACAAAAUUGUCGAUAGUUCCAUUCUAGGGCCAAUUGGAAAUUUUAGUUUGGUCCGUAUGACAUUGAUGCACGUAUUAAAAGACUAUCUGGGACCAAAGAUUGUCAAUCUGACCAUUGUGUAGCUGCAUAAUGCUGCGCUGGAUGUAGGUUGUAUCGUCUUGAGCGCUUACUGGUUCGGGAUAUGAGGCAAAUAUUGUUAAGGAUUGUGGGUAGACCGGUGGAUCAGUCACUGUCAUCCGUUGUAGAGCCAUGUCGCUCCAGCUAUGUGAUGGUCGGUACAGAAAGUUUGGAUUUGUUCGCUGCGAUGUCCAUUGGAGAAAGAGCUUGUCUUGCUAGAUAGCACAAUUUACUGAAUUUAGUCUAAAUUUGAUUACCAUUUGGUUGACACCCAAAUGAUCAAAAGUUACACAUUGGCAGCUAAAUUGGCCAUCUUGACUUUUGAAUGCCUACGACUCUGUUUAUCU